UGCUACUGAUGAAUCAUGUUUUUUAUGUGAAGGUGUUUAAGUUCCGUUUACUCCGUUGAUAGCCCGAGUGGAAUUUGAGACAACUGUUUACCUACGAAAUAAACAUCAACUAUUUUUUUUAUUUAAAAAAUAAAUUUGAGCUUCACGUAAACAUGCGUGUAUUAUCAGUUGGGGAAAUGCAAUUAAAUGAAGCCUUCUAUUUCAGAUUAUUGGUUGUACGAUCUGGUUAUUUUUGCAUUUACGUCAUGACUCAGCGACGCCACAUUGUAGUAGAUCCUUCUUCUAUAGAUCAAAAGGAUAUUGCGGAUGUGGCCAGUCUGGAUGGUACAGAAGGGUGCCCAGCUCCACUGUUGGGAAGAUGUUUGUUGGGAUGUUACUAUUUUUUCAGGCCAAGUAAACGACCCAUUAUUUACGAGGUUGACCCAACAUUAUUCGUGGAGCCCGUUUGGACUGGAACUCAUUCGACUGACGUUCAAUCAGACGACGAAGUGGUAAUCGACACAAUGGUGGAAUCUAGGCCACUGCGACUCAUGUCUUCGGUAUUCUCCAGCACCCUGGCGCCAUCUUCCAGGUAUCCAAGGGCUGCGGUCGAGCUACCAUGCCAGCUACCCGACGAAUCGGAAUCCCCAGCUGAAUUAAUUUCGAGGCAGAUGUCAGGAUCAUACGGUCCGAUUUAUGAACAUGCCAAAGGUUCCAUACUGGCAAUUUCAGAGAAAAGUGUGCGGGAAACCAUGGAACUGCCAAACGUGUCGGCAGCUGAUGGCGACAUAGGUAAUCAAAAACCAGUUAAAAAGAGCCCGGAUGUGUCCGCACACCGAUAUGAAUGGUUCCGAUCCAUUCUCGGAUGGACCAGCUCUGUGUAACUUUCACGACAAUGGUGAUAAAUAGCUACAAUCGGAAUAAAAUGUUUAAAUCGUCUCACGACAUUACCAAUACUGGCCAGUGUAAUUUCUAUUUACUGUACCCACAAUGCAACGGGUUGUUUGAUAGCUUGAUUAAGUACAUGUAUAUUGCCGACAAUCUUGUGUGUGCUUUGUGAAUUCUCAAGAAUGUGUUUGUCAAAUAACUGACCAGAUGAUGUGGUCAUCUGGUCAAAUGUGAACGGGUGAUAAUUAUUUUUCAUCAUGUACACAAACCAUGAUAGUUAUAU